AUGUCCUGCUACAACCAGUGCGUGCCACGCCUGCCCUGCCAGCCCUGCGGCCCCACCCCUCUGGGCAGCAGCUGCAACGAGCCCUGCGUCAGGCAGUGCCAGGACUCCAACGUCGUCAUCCAGCCCUCUCCCGUGGUGGUGACUCUGCCCGGACCCAUCCUCAGCUCCUUCCCGCAGAGCACCGCCGUCGGAUCCUCCACCUCCGCUGCCGUUGGCAGCAUCCUCAGCUCUGAGGGUGUGCCCAUCUCCUCUGGAGGCUUUGGCCUCUCCGGCUUCGGCAGCCGCAUCUGUGGCAGGAGGUGCUUCCCCUGCUAAAGCUGCUGGUGAUGGUCCUGGAGGAUUAGCUCUUGGGACGCAGAAUUUGAUAGCGGCCCUCGGAGAGAGAGCACGGAGAACUUCCUUUCAUAGGGACCAAGCAACACCUCUUGCAA